UUCAUAGAUUCUAGUGUCGAUUGAUUUGCAAUAUGGAAGAAGAAGCUACAAAUCAUGGACUUUUCUUUCACUAUGCAAAUAUUCAGUCAGCAAUAUUGUUUGUAAUUGUCCUCGGAUUAUACUGGCUUUUAUUCAAGAAGGACGAUAAUUCAGCAAAUCUUCCACCAGGUCCCAAAGGAUGGCCACUACUUGGGAAUUUGCCUUCUUUGAGUCUUCAUUCUGAGCGUGAAAUGAUGGCAUGGAAUAAAGAGUAUGGGCCAGUUUGUCGACUGAAAAUGGGUAACAUCGAAUUUAUCAUACUAGGCAGUGUUGAAGCGGUACAAGAAGCAUUUGUCAAGAAGAGCGACACAUUUUCAGGCCGUCUUCAAGAUUCAGUCCCUGGAAUAUCGGGGACUCAUGGAAUACUUUUCUUGGAUUACGGGAACCAAUUGAAAGAGCAACGUCGAUUUGGAUUGGCAACCCUGAAAGAAUUUGGAAUGGGUCGUCGAAGUAUUGAGUCAAGUAUGCUUGAAAAAUGUUCAGAGCUUUGUGAACAAAUAGACCUGGAAAUAGAGAAGGGAAAACCAUUUUCGAUUGAUUUCAUGGUUUACCAGACUGUAUCAAGUGUUAUUUCAAAGCUUGUAUUCAAUAAAAAUUUAGCUCGCGAGAAUAAGGAGUUUCGGGAUUUUCUUCACUUAAUCAUGACUGGAUCAAAAUACAGCGCUAUCAACGGAAUCACCGUGUUUUUUCCACCACUGAAGAAAAUCCCCCCGUUUUCCUGGGGUAGGAGAGAAUCGGAAAUUUACGAACAAAAUCAUCAGCGCCUUUUCCAGCAAGAAAUAGACGACCAUAAAGCGACCAGAGAUCCAAAAGAACCAAGAGAUUUUAUCGAUUGCUUUUUAAAUGAGAUGGAUAUUGCGGGAAAAUCAUCGGAGGGAGCUGACGCAUUAGGCUAUCACGACAAACAAUUGAAAUUUCUGGCUCGUGAUUUUUUUCUCGCUGGAUCAGAAACAACCUCAAGCACAAUAUGUUGGGUCGUUUUAUAUCUGUCACGAAAUCAAGAAAUACAGACUAAAAUGCAUAAAGAAAUAAUUGAUGUUCUCGGGCAUGCUCAACAACCCAGUACCGGUUUUGCAGAUAAAAUGCCGUACAUGAAAGCGGUCAUUCAGGAAAUUUUACGUAUGAGGCCACUAGCACCGAUUGCAAUACCACACCGUGCCAUUCGAGAGGGUACAAUCAUGGGAUAUCGUAUUCCAAAGGAUGCAAUGGUAGUGGCAAACAUCUUCGGAAUCCAAAACAAUGAAGAAACCUGGCCGGAUCCGGAGAAAUUUGAUCCUUGUCGCCAUCUCGAUGCAGACGGUAAAUUUGUUAAAAUGCCAGGGAUGAUCCCAUUUUCGAUCGGAGCUCGCCAAUGCUUGGGAAUGCAACUUGCUAAUAUGGAACUGCAUCUGAUUGUUGCUUCUCUAUUUCAAAGAUAUCGAUUUCACUUUGCAGGCGACAAUGAUAUAGAUAUGCGUGGAAAGAACAUUUUCAGUCUUCGUCCAUAUCCAUUCAAAGUUACUGCAGUCAAACUCUGAGAUAACUUUUGGAUUCAAUAACAUGGAAACUUGUUUGACAUUUGUAAUUUAUAUAUAUAUCUACCUUGAUCUUCAUUGAAAUUAUUGAAAACUUUUACUGUGCGAAGAUGAAUUAUCGUGUGGUCGCUAUUCUAUCCUGAUAGCUUGUCCAGCUUGAUGUGCCGCGAAGUUGAGCUUGUUUUAGGCAAAAAAACAUUAAAUUGGAGACUGAUUAUUUUAACAUAAACUCGUGUUUGUGUUUAAUGAAGGUGUUUCGGAAGCUUGGGUUUUGUGUGGAUU